GUAUCGCCCGGUCUGGGCUGUGGAUUGGAGGAGAAUUCGAACAGCAGCCAUUUUCGGGUCGCGACUGUCAUUCUUCGAACACGCUUCUCAGAUUGAGAACGCAGCGGUCCCGCACUCUCUCCAAAACAACUUCCGAGAAAGGAUCGGACGAUGUCGACUCACUUUGCAAACAGCGUUCCUGUAUUUUGAUCCCAACUCCCGUUGAAACCAACCGUCGCAAGACAAGAGAACAUUUCGACUAGGCUAAUUCGUGCCAGGAUCGAAUUCUUUAGCUAAUCAGCAAUGCUAACAUAAUUGGUAACAAUGUAUUGCUUGGAAUUCGCAAGCUUUUAGACGGCAGCGACAAUCGGAUUUAAGCAAAGUGGUGUUUCGUGGGCUAUUUUUAUAGCUAGUUCAGGAGACUGAAUAACGCGUCACCCGGAUCUUACCCGUGGGGCAACAGCAGGGGAGAACAGUGUGUGUGAACCCGGGUUAUCUCCACCAUGGUGUACCCACGCAGCGAGGAGGCCCUGGAGCGCCUGACCCAGGAUGAGAUAGUGCUCAACACCAAGGCUGUGAUGCAGGGCCUGGAGACCCUCCGCGGGGAGCAUGCCCAGCUCCUCACCUCCCUGCUGGACUGCACACAGCCACCCGCUGCCCAGGAGAAGUCAGGCCUGCUGCGUAAGAGCCUUGAGGCCAUCGAACUGGGCCUGGGAGAGGCACAGGUGAUCAUUGCCCUGUCGGGCCACCUGAGUGCGGUUGAGUCUGAGAAGCAGAAGCUAAGAGCCCAGGUCAGACGACUGUGUCAGGAGAACCAGUGGUUACGAGACGAACUGGCAGGAACACAGAGCAAGCUGCAGUGUAGUGAGCAGAGUGUUGCCCAGCUGGAGGAGGAGAAGAAACACCUGGAGUUCAUGAACAAGAUCAAGAAGUUUGACGACGACGUGUCUCCGUCUGAGGAGAAGGCUGCAGGCGAGACGUCCAAAGACAGCCUCGACGACCUGUUCCCCAACGACGACGACCAGGGACAAGCCCAGCCCAGCGGAGAGGCGGCGGCCCAGCAGGGUGGCUACGAGAUCCCGGCCCGCCUGAGGACCCUCCACAACCUGGUGAUCCAGUACGCCUCCCAGGGGAGGUACGAGGUGGCCGUGCCCCUCUGCAAACAGGCCCUGGAGGACCUGGAGAAGACCUCCGGACACGACCACCCCGACGUGGCCACCAUGCUCAACAUCCUGGCCCUCGUCUACAGGGACCAGAACAAGUACAAAGAGGCAGCCCACCUGCUGAACGAUGCCCUGGCCAUCAGAGAGAAGACUCUGGGGAAGGACCACCCUGCGGUGGCUGCCACUCUCAACAACCUGGCCGUGCUCUACGGGAAGAGGGGCAAGUACAAGGAGGCUGAGCCCCUCUGUAAGAGAGCCCUGGAGAUCAGAGAGAAGGUCCUGGGGAAGUACCACCCUGACGUGGCCAAGCAGCUGAACAACCUGGCCCUGCUGUGUCAGAACCAGGGAAAGUACGAGGAGGUGGAGUAUUACUACAGACGAGCCCUGGAGAUCUACCAGUCCAAACUAGGAGCUGAUGACCCCAACGUAGCCAAGACGAAGAACAACCUGGCUACAUGCUACCUCAAACAGGGGAAGUUCAAGGAUGCUGAGUCUCUGUACAAAGAGAUCCUGACCCGAGCCCACGAGAAGGACUUUGGCUCAGUCAACAAUGACAACAAACCUAUCUGGAUGCAUGCGGAGGAGAGAGAGGAGAGCAAGGCGAAGAGGAAGGAUGCUGUGCCCUAUGGAGAAUAUGGGAGCUGGUACAAGGCCUGCAAAGUUGACAGCCCAACGGUCAAUACCACCCUGAAGAGCUUGGGGGCGCUGUACCGCAGACAGGGUAAACUAGAGGCAGCUGAGACACUGGAGGAGUGUGCUACCAAGACACGCAAGCAGGGUAUAGAUGCCAUUAACCAGAGUAAGGUGGUGGAGCUCCUGAAGGAUGGGGCCCCUGGAGGGGGGGAGCGACGUCAGAACCGGGAGGGUUUUAGUGGUCCCCAGCGGGGGGACUGUGAGGGAGAUGAUGGAGCAGAGUGGAAUGGGGAGGGUAAUGGUUCAUUGCGUCGGAGCGGCUCCUUCGGGAAGAUCCGCGACGCCCUGCGCAGGAGCAGUGAGAUGCUGGUGAAGAAACUACAGGGCAGUGGCCCCCAGGAGCCCUGCAACCCAGGGAUGACGAGAGCGAGCUCUCUCAACUUCCUCAACAAGAGUGCAGAAGACCCCUCACAGGAUGCCAACACGGGCCUUUCGGAAUGCAGAGGACUGAGCGCCAGCAACGUGGACUUGUCAAGACGCAGCUCCCUGAUUGGUUAAACAGACAGGAGGCGGGACCAGGAGGAGGAAGGGCCAAUGAGAAGAAACUGUUGGCUGUCCGAUGUGAUCAAAACACACUUCAGGUCCAACACUCGCAUUCAAGACAUUUUCUGAAGAAAAAUUAUCGAGAAAAACACGACUUGACAUGGCUUUUUUGUGACAAAUCUCUGUGUCGACCUGCUUCACUGUAUACUUCGCUGGCAUCAAACAGUACAGAAAAAUAAUAUUUAACACGGCAUGCUGCAUACUAGAACAUGGAAUGUUUGCACUAA